CGACAACACGCAGCUACUUCCUGUGCAGGAGACUAGCAGACAGUAAACGAGAGAGAAAACAGCAGUGAAGAUCUGUGAAACUACUGAGUCGUUCAAGAUGUUGGCUCUCAUGAACAGGCUUUUGGACUGGUUCCGCUCUCUGUUCUGGAAAGAGGAGAUGGAGCUGACAUUAGUGGGACUUCAGUACUCGGGGAAGACGACGUUCGUCAACGUUAUAGCGUCGGGCCAGUUCAGUGAAGACAUGAUUCCCACUGUGGGCUUUAACAUGCGGAAAGUAACAAAAGGCAACGUGACAAUAAAGAUAUGGGACAUUGGUGGGCAACCUCGCUUCAGAAGCAUGUGGGAGCGCUACUGUCGGGGGGUCAAUGCCAUUGUUUACAUGGUGGAUGCUGCAGACCGAGAAAAGGUGGAAGCUUCCAGGAACGAACUGCACAACCUUUUAGACAAACCCCAGCUACAAGGAAUACCCGUUUUAGUACUUGGCAACAAAAGAGAUCUCCCCAACGCACUGGAUGAGAAGCAACUUAUUGAGAAAAUGAACCUUUCUGCUAUUCAGGACAGGGAGAUCUGCUGCUACUCCGUCUCCUGCAAAGAGAAAGACAACAUAGACAUCACCCUGCAGUGGCUCAUCCAGCACUCCAAGUCGCGGAGGAGCUGAAGCUGAGGAGUUGAUGGUUGAAAAGCCCCCCUUCCCUCCACAACCAACCGACAAACCAACCGCCCCUCCCCCCUUUCCCUCCAGCCCAACCCAACGGUCGUCGCUCCCUCAUACAGUCAUCCUCUCCAAUGCCUCUGUGAAGUAAUCCAGCUCUCCACUCACUACCGAACCACGCACCACGCACCACCACCACCACCACCAACACCUGCCCCUCACCAUAAAUGUGUAGUAUCGCGUUCCGUCGCGCAAACCGUCCGUGGGGUUCCUUUCUUUUCUGCUCGUUACUAGUGCUAAACGGUGGAUCUGUCGUUUGCAACGCAUCCCGUCGUCAGAGUCCCUCCGUGUCAUUGUUGGGUUUAUUUUGCAGCGGGUUCACGUGGGUUACAAUGUCUUCAACCCAGAAUCCUUUGCAAGCAGGCAGUAUGACUCUGGUUGCAUUUUAUGGCAGACAUCGUUGUUAUGUCAUGAUAGUGUGGGUUGGCUUGACAGUCUGACUGCACUUUUAUUUGCCAAAUAAUGAUUGUCGGCUUGCAUCCGUAUUCAAUUCUCUAGUACCUUGGGGCAAAUUCCUUUUGUUUUGUUGCUUGCAUAUGACCGAAUGUUUUCUAUGUGUCUUAAAAUCAAGUGUUUACAGAAAAGAUCAGAUGGACAUUUUGUGAAUGGAUGAAAGGUUGUCAUAGCUAGAAACCCUAAGACAGGCCAGCAUAGUUUUAAGUGCCUUUUGCUCAGUAAGUAUUCUCCAAAAGAUGGAUACCUGAAUAUGUUUGCCUGAGGAUUACGUCCACCUCUCACCUGUUCUCCUGAUUCACUUCAAUAGUACAAACGAUAUUCAACCCUGAUGUAUACACAAUGCUGAUCAACGAACCCAGUUCACAAUGAUGAUAUCCUACAAAUGCAACUGAAGAUACCACAAUGACAAAGUAAAUGGGCUCCUGUAGAGGACCAUCUCAAGGAAGGAGAUUGAUAUUACAUUUGUAAUUGGGUCGAGGGUAGUUUUGAAUGUUAUUUCACUGUCGCCGUUUCUAUUGUCGCUUGAUAAUAUAUUUAGUCACGCUUGCCACUCGCUGAUUGCAAUAUGUUUACUAACGUUAUCACAAUAUGAUACGAUUUUCAAAUACACAAUACCGGCUUGAGAGUGUAGUCCAGUGUGGGUCAGUGUGGCUCACGUUGUUGUCGCUGCGUUGCUCCAGUACAAGAUCUGGACGCUUGCAAAUCCAUUGAUGUCCCCUCAUCUCUUUUCAAUCAUGAACUCUUCUACAAAGCCUUAGCAAUCCAAGGGAGGUUGAGGCUGUGCGCUCCGACCAUACGAAACAAGUUCAAUCCUUUCUACGGGAUAAAGAUUGCGACUAUCAUUGAUUAUGAACAGUUCAGCCUCUUCUUAUGACGGGUGAUGACGUUUGCGUCGUGUGUGUAUAUAUCUUAUCUGCAGCAGUUGAUUCGGUCGGUUUUAUUGUCCUUUUUGUGUUUUCUAAUGUGCUUCUUCAUCUCUGCCCAAUUGUCUUACUUGGUCUUUCAAACUAAAAUCACUUCAUCUUCUCUUGUAAUGUCUCUUGUUUGUUCUGUUUUCUUUCCUGUCUAUGACCCUUGCAAUCUUGGCUGUUCAGCAGUUUCGCUGCUGUAAGUGGCUUUGAAACCAGGAGCCUGUAUAGCUUAAUAGGUUAAAGCUUUGUUACCUUUUGUAAUAUAAUAUAUCUAUUAUAUAAUAUAUAUACCCACACAACCACAGCUUAUUUGCAAUUUGUAUGUGCAUGUGCUUUGUUAUCCACAUUCAAUUAGCAGAAUUUGUAAAUAAGAGAUUAGCCUUUUUAUUCAGAUUGAUUUUCGUAGAUGUCUUGCAUAAUUUCCUUGUGAUUGCUAAUAAAUUUAUUUUAUUUUUGAGAAGA